AUUUGUAAUAUAAUGUUUAGCAAAAUUUGUCAAUCUUAAUUGAAAUUAAGAAUAAAGGGAAUUCCCUUACAUUGUUUUUUUCCAUAGCAAACACAUGGACACUAAUUAAGAAUCAUCUGUUUCCGAUUGAUUUUAGUAUAAAAGAAUCAGCUACUACCGAAUUUUAAUCACUCUAACAAAAGCUAAAGAAUCAUCAACAGUUCAAUUUAAAGUAUCAAUAAAAAUCCUGUUAAUAUUAACUCAACUGUUACAAUGAGUUUAACUUUGUUUGCUUCCAUCUUCGUCCUUUUGAUCAAUCAGUCCUUCGCUUGUGACUGUGGUAAGGCAAUUGAUUACACUGUGCUGGAAAAAUCAACGGGCUUGUUGAGUCGAUUCCCUUGGUAUGUGGUUAUUGAAAAUGAAAAUUUGAAAUCUUGCGGUGCUGCAUUGAUUGAUGAUCAACAUGUCGCUAUUGCUGCUCAUUGCGUUUAUGGUUCAAAGGCAGCAACCCUCAAAGCUCGGCUAAACGAUAACUCAACAAAAUCAGUCUCAUCCAUUUGGAUUGAUAAUCUAUAUAACAAAAACACUGGUGCUUUUGAUUUUGCUGUAUUGACUUUGGCUUCUCCAGUUGGCUCUCAAUUCACACCCAUUUGUUUACGAGAUUCACCUUACAUGCCAAUGCCUGCAACUCACCUUAUAAGUCCUAAAGCUGGUAAAAAUGUUGAAGAUUACCCUUAUAACUAUCCUGAUAACAUUCCAGGUUACAGGUGUCCUUCUCCUGCUACCCGAACUCAUUUAUGUAUUGUGAAUCCUGGCAAAGUAGAUAAUACAUGUGCUGAAGGACCAUACAUGCGAGGUGAAGUAAAUACAAGAUUUUACCUUGCUGGAGUUACUUCUCGUUGUUUCUCUUCUGGAAAGCCAGAUCUAUUCACUGAUGCUAAGCAUUACAUUAAAAAGAUGCGAGAAUUGGCUCCAAAAGGUUGCUGGAAAGACACAUAUGACUACAGCCGAUAAUAUGUUUAAUCGAAAUCGAAAUUAUGAGUAACAUAAGUUACUAAAUCUGAUAAAAAAUUGUUUCUCUUUGAAUAAAUAAUUACAUAUCUCUAA